ACAUUAUUAUUUUUUAGUGGGAUCUGACAGGAACGCUUUAUUUAUGAGUGUCAGCCUCAUGUUCCACUUCUUAUGGCUUCACACAGUCUACAUGACAUUAAAGAGGAUUUGUGGUCAUUUCUAGAGAUGGCCACUAGGCAGCCGCCCUGGUACGAUGCCAGACAGACCCGCUUCUGUAUAGGUUACUCUCUGGGGCAGCAAGGUGACUGCUGUGGGGAGCGCCAUGGCUGCCAUGUUGAUCGUCACCCAUAGAUCCGCCGCAUCCAUGAAGCCAUAGACUACAGACGCCGCGCACAGUGUUCAGCACCGAGGACAGCGAUACACGCCCGCUCCGGGCCCGGCUCCGCCCCCACAGGCCCGCCCAUAAUCCGGUGUUUUACGCCAGCGCCCGGCUUUGUGACGUCACCCAGGCUGCAGUACAGAGCGUUCCGGUGGGAGUGUGGCUGUCAUCACCUGAGCCGCCCGCAGGUAACCCACUAAAUAAAAGAAGAUGAUCAGGACAUUUGCAGUUAAGUUUAAACCAUGUUGCAUUGGCUUUUUGGCAACACAGAAAAUUACCACAAACCCUGUAUUGCAAAGCUGUUAUGUACAUUCAUCUGGCGCCAAAGAGCCAUUUUUAAGUGGAAAUAACUCAAGCUAUGUGGAAGAGAUGUACUAUGCAUGGCUGGAAAAUCCAAAAAGUGUUCAUAAGUCUUGGGAUGCCUUUUUCCGCAAUGCUGAUGCUGGGGUCUCGCCCGGUGAAGCCCAUCAGAUAUCAGAUGCAGCUGAAAUGCAAAAUAAAGUGUUGUUGAUUCGCAGCCAAGGUCUUGCUAUGGCUCCGGCCAAAGCGGAGAAACUGGUGGAAGACCAUCUGGCUGUACAAUCAUUAAUCCGAGCAUACCAGAUCCGUGGACAUCAUGUGUCUCAACUGGACCCUCUUGGAAUUUUGGAUGCUGACUUGGAUUCUUUUGUUCCGUCUGAUCUUAUCACUACACUUGAUAAGCUUGGCUUUUAUGGAUUGCACGAGGGUGACCUAGAUAAGGUCUUCCGGCUACCAACCACCACUUACAUUGGAGGUAAUGAGACCUCGCUGUCAUUGAGAGAAAUCAUUAGAAGACUGGAGAAUUCCUAUUGCCAGCACAUUGGAUUGGAGUUUAUGUUCAUCAACGAUGUAGAACAGUGUCAGUGGAUUAGACAAAAGUUUGAGACCCCAGGUAUCAUGAAAUUUACAAGUGAGGAAAAAAGAACGCUUUUGGCAAGAUUAGUGCGUUCAACAAGGUUUGAAGACUUCUUAGCUCGCAAGUGGUCAUCAGAAAAAAGGUUUGGUUUGGAAGGCUGUGAAGUGAUGAUCCCAGCAUUGAAAGCCAUCAUUGAUAAAUCCAGUGAGAUGGGAUUAGAGUAUGUAAUCUUGGGAAUGCCUCAUAGAGGCAGACUAAAUGUCUUGGCAAACGUAAUCCGUAAGGAUCUAGAACAGAUUUUUUGCCAGUUUGACUCUAAACUGGAAGCUUCAGAUGAGGGAUCUGGGGAUGUGAAGUAUCAUUUGGGAAUGUACCACGAGCGCAUUAACCGUGCCACGAACAAGAAGAUCACUCUAUCUUUGGUUGCAAAUCCAUCUCAUCUUGAGGCAGCGGAUCCUGUUGUGCAGGGAAAGACAAAGGCAGAACAGUUCUAUAGAGGUGACAGUGAAGGAAAAAAGGUUAUGUCCAUAUUAGUCCAUGGGGAUGCAGCGUUUGCAGGACAGGGUGUUGUGUAUGAGACCUUCCAUCUCAGUGAUCUUCCCUCUUAUACCACCAACGGGACCAUUCACAUUGUUGUGAAUAACCAGAUUGGGUUUACCACAGACCCUCGCAUGGCUCGUUCUUCUCCAUACCCCACUGAUGUGGCUCGUGUUGUUAAUGCACCCAUAUUCCAUGUGAAUGCAGAUGAUCCUGAAGCUGUAAUGUAUGUGUGCAGUGUAGCAGCAGAGUGGAGGAACACAUAUAAUAAAGAUGUUGUGGUGGAUUUAGUUUGCUACCGUCGUAGUGGACACAAUGAAAUGGAUGAGCCCAUGUUCACACAACCACUGAUGUACAAACAGAUCCACAAGCAAGUUCCAGUUUUGAAGAAAUACGCUGACAAGUUGAUUUCUGAGGGAAUUGUGUCUCUUCAGGAGUUUGAGGAAGAGAUUGCCAAGUAUGACAAGAUCUGUGAAGAGUCUUAUACACAGUCCAAAGACAAGAAAAUACUAAACAUAAAACAUUGGUUGGACUCUCCUUGGCCUGGUUUCUUUACCUUAGAGGGAGAACCUAAAAGCAUGACAUGUCCCCCCACAGGGAUUGCUGAAGAUAUGAUUUCCCAUAUUGGAAACAUAGCCAGCUCUGUACCAGUGGAGAAUUUUAAAAUCCAUGCAGGAGUCUCCAGGAUCUUGAAAGGAAGACUAGAAAUGACAAAGAACUCUCUUGUAGAUUGGGCAUUGGCUGAAUACAUGGCAUUUGGUUCGUUGCUAAAAGAAGGAAUUCAUGUCCGACUAAGUGGCCAGGAUGUGGAGAGGGGCACCUUUAGCCAUCGCCAUCAUGUCUUACAUGAUCAGGAUGUUGAUCGUAGAACCUGCGUCCCAAUGAAUCAUCUCUGGCCAGACCAAGCUCCAUACACUGUGUGUAACAGCUCCCUUUCUGAGUAUGGUGUCCUGGGGUUUGAGCUUGGUUUUGCCAUGGCAAGUCCCAAUGCCUUGGUAUUGUGGGAAGCUCAGUUUGGUGAUUUUCACAACACAGCACAAUGUAUAAUUGACCAGUUCAUCAGCUCUGGACAGGCUAAGUGGGUGCGUCACAAUGGAAUCGUGCUGCUAUUACCUCAUGGCAUGGAAGGGAUGGGGCCGGAGCAUUCUUCAGCCAGACCUGAAAGGUUCCUGCAGAUGAGCAAUGAUGAUUGUGAUGCUUAUCCUGAAUUUACAGAGGAUUAUGAAGUCAAGCAACUAUAUGAUUGCAAUUGGAUUGUUGUGAACUGUUCGACACCUGCAAACUACUUUCAUGUCCUCAGACGACAAAUUCUACUGCCCUUUCGCAAGCCGCUAAUUAUUUUUACGCCAAAAUCUUUGCUGAGGCACCCAGAGGCAAAAUCAAGUUUUGAAGAAAUGAAAACAGGCACAGUCUUCAGCCGUGUGAUUCCUGAAAGUGGAGCAGCUUGUCAGAAUCCUCAGAAUGUGAGACGGGUCAUUUUCUGCACUGGGAAGGUUUAUUAUGAGCUUGUCAAGGAAAGACAUCAAAAACAGUUGGAAAGCCAAGUAGCAAUCACAAGGCUGGAGCAGAUAGCUCCCUUUCCAUUUGACUUGGUGAAAAAAGAAGUUGAGAAGUACCACAAGGCAGAACUGGUGUGGUGCCAGGAGGAGCAUAAGAAUAUGGGCUAUUAUGAUUACAUCCAACCCCGGUUCCUCACGAUUUUGAAUCAUGCUAGACCGAUUUGGUAUGUUGGUCGUGACCCAGCAGCUGCACCAGCCACAGGCAAUAAAAACACCCACCAUGUUGAACUUAGAAGAUUUUUGGAUUGUGCUUUCAAUCUAAAGUGUUUUGAAGGAAAGACCUUUUAAUACCAGACUACACUAUACAUUAUAUAGUAUUAUAGUGAUUUGGUAUGUGAAUACCACUAAAUAUAUUCAGAAUUGUUUUUCUUUGUUUUAAGAGGCACUGAGUUUUCUAAAAGUUUUUUUGCUCUUAUGAGUUGUCUGACUUGUAAAAUGUGACAUAAAAAAAGACAUUUCGGUCCAGUCCAAACUGUGAGAGAGAAAAACUGGAAAGAUUUUGCAAACAACAACCAAUCACAGCUCAACUUUCCUAUGUUCCUGAGCUGUGGUAAAGUGAAAACUGAGCUGUGAUUGGCUGCUAUGGGCAAAAUCUCUCCAGUUCUUUGGCAAAUUUUGAUAAAAGGGUCUUUUGUUUUUUUUUUUUGUAAGAAGAAUACCCAUUCUGCAUUAUAUAAAGAAAGUAAACCUCUACUUAACCUCCAGUGCUCCCAUGGUGCCUCCUGAGUUUUGCUCCUAUCCUCUGCUCCGAUCCUAUUCCUGAGAGAAAGUGUGACACCUGGGCCCGGAGUAAUGUCAUACUGCCACUCAGCCAAUCACUGGCCACAGUGAUGUCCUGCCUCGGCUAAGUGAUUGGUUAAGCUGCAGCUCAGAAAGAGGAUUGUAGUCGGAGACUGGAGCAGGACACCGGAGGCAGGAGAUAAGUAUAGGUGUACUUUUUUUUUUUUAUUCUGUAGAAUAAGCAUUCUCCUAAAAAAAAACAAAAAAAAAAAAAAACACACACUUCUGCUGGAUAACCCCUUUAACCCCACAUCCCGCUUUUCGUUAGAAGACUAGACGUGUAUUCCUCAGUUUAUUUUUUUCAGUAACUUGGUCCUUAACUUAUGCUAUAUAAACUUAGAUAAUAUUGAUGAUCUGGCAGAUGCAAGGAGGCUGGUGGAUGUUGAUAGCUGGUUUACCACAUCCAGGUAGUUCUCAGCACAUCCUUGACAACAGUUAUAUAUAUAUGUAGUGGGAAUUGUAGAAAAAUUGUAGUGUAUAAUGUUCAUUUUUUGCACAUAAUCCAUGUAUCAAAUGUUUUUGAGUUGCUGAUAAAUAUAGAUCUAUUUCCCAGU